AGUUAUAGGUUAUGUUAUAUAUUUAAGGAAUUAAAUGGAAAUUAUUAUUAAAUGAACAUUUUAGAGAAACUAAAUGUUUCAAUAUUCAAUUAUAUCUAAUAAUAUGUAAAAUAGUUUUUUUUGUUAAAUUAUGUCGAAUCUUCAGAAACCUGUCUUAAGUUUAAAACAAUUUAUUUUAAAACAAGAAGUUAAGAAUUUAUACAGACGGAUAUUUCGUGCUAUUAGGGAAGUUAAAGAUGAAAAUCAUAGGAAAGAAUUGAAAUUAUGGGCUAGAACUGAUUUUAGAAACAACGCUAAUUACACUGAUGAAAUUACUAUAAAAAUGUGUAUUAAAUAUGGCGAAAGGUGCUUAAAAGAAUUAGAAACUAGCUUAAAUUUAUCAAAAUAGUUUAUUAUAUAAAAAUUUGUUUAUACAAAAACGUUAUACAAUGAAUAAAUAAUAUUAAAGUGAAAAAAACUGUUAUUACCGAUACAGUAACC